AGGACACUCACGUUGCAGAAACUGCAUGUGUUGGUACUUGUCAUUUCGAGGGAAAGUAUAAAUUUAUGCCUCGAAUAGUGAUUAUGACAUUUUAUCAACGUUGAUAGUAUCGUGAACAGAAAUGGCAGACGAGGAAACAAAGCAGUACGUUGAAGCCUGUGCUCCGGACGAUGCUACAGUUAAUUCCAAAUGUUUUGAGGUCCAUCGUGUCGGGAUCACCAUUCAAGAAAACGUUGAGUACUACUCUAAAUGGGCAGACAAUGGAAUAUAUGACCAGGACUUGUGUUCGGAACGUUACCAGGGACCAGUCAUUGCUGCAAAUGUUCUAACGGAGCAUUUCAAUGACAACAUCACAGAGACGAAAAUAUUAGACGUUGCGGCUGGAACCGGCUCAGUAGGGAAAGAGCUUCAGGACCGAGGAUUUAAGCAUCUGGAUGCUCUAGAACCAGCGGCAGGGAUGUUGGAACAAGCCAGGAAGAAGAACAUCUACACCAACUUCUACUGUGAGGUUCUGGACGGCAACCGCCUCCCAAUAGAUGAUGACACAUACGACUGCUGUGUUAUAUCGGGGGGUAUGGGUGAAGGGCAGAUUCCAUGCCACGGGCUAUACGAGCUGAUUAGAGUAACUAAAUCAGGGGGUCUUGUCUGCAUCGUAAUGAGGGAGGAAUAUCUGACCAGUGUCAAGGAGUACCGCGAUAGACUGGAACCGCUGAUGAAGAAACUGGAGGAGGAUGGGAAACUGAAACAACUGUCUCGUGAUGUUGUGUCUCGGUAUUCCUUUGACAAUAACGGAGUUGUCUAUGAAUUACUAGUUUGUUAAUGAAAAUAGUAUUACAGUUUGGUACUACUGACCGAACUUGUUUUAACCUCGGUGCCUACUUCAUCCUGAAAAUCUUCUCCCUAUCCUGAAGCUAUAAUUAUGUAGCCGGUUUAUACUUUCAUGUCCUCUUGCGAUGUAUAUUCAAAUGAAUUUACAGUGAACAUCAAGUGUGCUGUUAUGAAGCCAUAUAAACCUUUCUGAAAUGGUAUGUGUGUCAUCGAUCUCUGUACAGAGCUUGAAAUAAAGACAAAUAUAGUCAG